AUGAGGCUCUGGAGAAGGGCUUCCGCAGUGUUGAAGGAUCAAAAUAGCAUCUGGAUCGCCAGUCUGUCUAGGCGGACAGCGCUCCGGAAUCCUGACAUUGAAUCGGCCGUCAUAAAAGCCACGAACCACGACGAAUUCUCUAUUGAUGUUAAGAAUACAGAUAGGGUUUUCAAAUGGAUUCGUCUCUCGACUUGCCAUGUCAAGCCUCUUGUUUGGUCCAUAUCAAAUCGAAUGAAGAAAACAAGAAGUUGGGUGGUGGCUCUUAAAGUUUUGAUUCUCAUGCAUGGUGUCAUUAACUGUAAUGUCCAGGCCGUUCAGAAAAUUGGAAAGUUGCCAUUUGAUCUGUCAGAUUUUACAGAUGGGCAUUCUGAUCCAGGGAAAACAUGGGCACACAACUCGUUUAUACGUCAAUACUAUGCGUUUCUUGAUCAGAAAUCGAUCACUAUUUAUCAGAAUUUCGAGGAACGCAAAGCACAGAAAAUUGUUUCGAUAAUUAAAGAGCUUCAAUUGCUGCAGAAGCUGCAAGGUUUGCUUGAUUUGUUGAUGCAGAUUAAACCAAAGUCAAAUGCAACCAGGGUCCCUCUUGUGCUGGAUGCAAUGGAUGGAAUUAUCAUUGAGAUUUUUGAUAUUUACAGCAAAAUAUGUAGAGGGAUUGCCAUCAUUCUUGUUAAUAUUUAUUCUGCUAAAAAAGCCGAGGCAACAAUGGCACUCGAACUUGUGCAGAAGGCGAAAGCCCAAGGCGACGAUCUUUCUUUAUACAUCGAAUUCUGCCAACAGAUCGGGGUAGUGAAUGCAUUAGAAUUUCCCAUGGUUGAAAAAGUUCCAGAAGAGGGAAUUGAAGAACUUGAGCAAAUAAUAAUUGGAUUAUCAGAGUCUGAGAAAUCCGUUGGGAAUGAAUUGGAUUCGAAACAACAGGAAGAUACAGCGAUUGUUGUCGUAGAAUCUGAAAAUUCCAAUGAAGGAAAAGACUCGAAGAGAACAACUAUAAUCACCGAUAAAUGGGAGAAAUUUGAAGAAGAUCUCAUGAUCAUCAGCCAAGAAAAUCCCUUCUCCCCGUCUUGGGUUUCACCUGUCCUUCAUUCAAAGAUAAACAAUCAAGAACAGCUUCCAGAUUUGAUCAGCUUCUAG